GGACAGAAGAAGAGCAUGAGGCACACAGAGUGAGAGGGAGCGAUACAGGAGGAGCUAUAGAGAAGGAUAGGAAGACAAUGGAGAGGACCCCUCGGCCUGAAAUGGGCCGAGAAUGGGAUAGAAGAUGGUCUGUAACUGGGUUUCCCUCCUGGUAGGAAGAGCCAGCAGAGCCUCACAUGGUGAAGCACACACUCCCGUGUCCCGUCGCUCUCACUGACAAGGCAGGGACAGACUAACUGGGCGGCACAAAUGUCUCUCCUGUCCUUAAUCAACCCUCCCGGCUGGAGCGUGUGCUCUGCUCUCUGUAUCCUCAUCGUGUUGCUCCCAGAGGCCCAAGCAGACGACCUGAACACUACCACUCAGCGCAAUGGCGGGGGAUCCCAGUGUGGGGAGUACACUAACCAGGUGAUGAGGGAUGGGAUGUGUCGGCUUGUGGCCACGCUGCCUCAGCUGGACGAGCAGAAAUGCCCGGAUAUGUUUCGCUGCACGGACGAGGUUUCCUACUGGCUGCAUGAGAACGAGGAGAGGAAGCAGCAGAUCGUGGCGCUGAAGGAAACCAUCUCUGAGCUUCAGGAGGAGCUGAGGAACCACCGGCACCGCAUCAGAGUCCUCGAGCUGCAGAGUGAAGGGAAGAACCACUUGAAUAACUCCUUGGAGCAGCGUUUUCACGAGUUGGAGCAUCACUAUGCUGAAGCCACCACCCUGCUGCACCUACAGGGCACUCUGAUCUUAGACCUCCAGAACCAACUCCAUAAUGUGACACUUUUGGUGGAUAAAGUAAAAAGAAGCCCCGGGUGCUCGGUCAACAUCGUCCGUCCCAGCCCACUGAUGAGUGCUCAAGAAGCUCUGCACCCAGAGAUUCAGCAUGUGAGGAACUGUCCCAUAGACUGUGCUUCCAUCCACUACAAUGGAGUGAGGAGAUCAGGUCUCUACACAGUGGUGCCAUCAAUGGCCGGCAUGCCUGUGGAGGUCUACUGUGAUAUGGACACAGAUGGUGGUGGCUGGACUGUGAUUCAGCGGCGUGCUGAUGGCUCAUUGAGCUUUGACCGUAACUGGAGGGACUACAGGGACGGCUUUGGUGACCUGCACUCAGAGUUCUGGCUGGGCAAUAACCACAUACAUGACCUGAGCACCCAGGGAGACUACAGCCUCCGCAUUGACCUGGAGGACUGGAGCAACAACCACAAACACGCCCUCUACCAGAGCUUCAGUGUGGAAGAUGAGGAGCAUCAGUACCGGCUCCAUGUGUCAGGCUUCAGUGGGACAGUGCAGGACUCUUUCAGCUGGUACCAUGACAAGCAGGGCUUCAGCACGCCAGACAGUGGCAACAUCUGUGCUGAGAUCUCCCACGGCGGUUGGUGGUACAACCAGUGCUUCUACGCCAACCUUAAUGGCGUCUACUACAGGGGAGGCCAUUACACCCCUAAAGGCCAGGGGCCGCUGGGUCCUGAUGGGAUUGUUUGGUACUCCUGGAGAGACUCUGACUAUUACUCCCUACGCAAAGUCAGCAUGAUGAUCCGACCACGCUCUUUCCGAACUCGGGUGUCACCAUGACCCAAUGUAACCAUGACAUUGGUUAGAACACAGGAAGAUUCCCAACAGUAGCCCACAUGGGCCUCUCACUGGGACACCAGGGUGAUGAUGACAUCCAGUGAUGUUUUUAUUGACAGAGCUCAUCAAGAAGGACUGAAUGCUGUCUCUUAUGUCAACAACAAUGGCCUCUCUCCUGCUAUUUUUGAACCACUGUAUGUGCAAAUGUGGCCGGUAAGCUCGAUAUCCUCAAUACUCUGGACUCAUUAUCUGCUGUAUAUUUUUGAAAAAACAAACUUCGUACUGUGGAGUUCUUUUUGGGACACGGACAUUUUUCAUUCAGUCACAGGGAAGAGAGUUUUUCCAUAUUUUCUACUUCUAUUUUGUACCUUUAGUUUGUUACACUUACAGUACACACUAUUAGCAACCCAGCCAAAAACAAGGUACAUUCGUAUGGGUUGACAGACGAGUGUAUGGGGCUCACAGAAGAGGCUUGUGCAACUGGCAGGAAGAUCAUGUGAUGAUCAAGAAUGUGUGCUUAUUGCAUAUUUAUGAUUACUCUGUUAUCCAAUUUUGUUCAUUUUGAAUUGCAGCCAACUAUGAGUUUAAUCCACUGUGUAAAAGUUUUAUUGAAAUAAAAAGGGGUUUUAUUAAUAUAACAAGUCAGAACAUAAGAACACAGAAUUAUAUUAGAUAUAAUAACCCUUUGAUUUAAAAAGUGCUACUGUAUCACAGUCUAGGGUCAGGCAGAGAAGAUGUGUGUACAUACAUACUGUAUGGACUGUACAAUAAACACUAUAUAUACAAAA